UUUCUAUAAAGAUUUUACCCAUCUAGAGAGAUGGUGUCGUUGCAGUUUCUCUUUUUCUCUUCCAGAUUAACGAACAAACAUCCUCUGUUCUUUCCUUUCUAUCUAUCUGUGUCUUUGUUUUAAUUGACUUGUCUGACUGAAGGAAUACAAGUCAUUUCAAGGUUCUACCUUUCUUGGGUUUCUUCAAGAAGUUUGGAAUUUUGAGGCAUUUUGUUUUUUGUGGGUGAGGGGUUUCUGGUGAGAAAUGGUGGUGAAGAUGAUUAGGUGGCGGCCGUGGCCACCGCUAGUGUCGAGGAAGUAUGAGGUGAAGCUGGUGGUAAGGAGGUUGGACGGAUGGGAUCUGGCACGGGAGGGGACUGGGGAGGGGAGAUUAACGGUCGAGAUUCGGUGGAAGGGUCCAAAACUGGCGCUGGGUUCACUGCGGCGGACGAUCAAGAGGAACUUCACCAAGGAAGCGGAUGUUAUGUCAGAAAACGGCGUCGUUGAGUGGGACGAGGAGUUUCAGAGUCUCUGCACUCUCACCUCUUACAGGGACAAUGGGUUUCAUCCCUGGGAAAUCUAUUUCUCUCUCUUCAAUGGCUUGAACCAAGGACCAAAGAACAAGAUUCCUGUUGUAGGAACAGCAUCUGUGAACCUUGCUGAAUUUGCUUCCGCAGCAGAACAGAAAGAGUUUGAGUUAAGCAUCCCACUUGUUCUCUCAGCUUCCACUGCUGAGUCUAAUCCACUUCUCUGUAUAUCCAUCAGCUUAUUGGAACUUAGAGCUGCUCAAGAAACUGUUGAACCAUUACAGAGAGCAAUAGUUCCUUUGUCAACAGACUCAUUACCGCCUGGAUCUGGAGAAACUGUAUUGACUGAUAAGGAUGAGCUUUCUGCUCUUAAAGCUGGUCUUAGGAGAGUAAAGAUUUUUACAGAGUAUGUUUCCACAAGGAGAGCGAAGAAGGCCUGCCAUGAGGAAGAAGGCAGCGAGGGCCGAUGUUCUGCCAGAAGUGAGGAUGGGGAGUAUAAUUAUCCAUUUGAUACCGAUUCUCUUGAUGAUUAUGAGGAAGGAGAGCUGGAUGAGGAUAAGGAGGAUUCCAGUGUUAGGAAGUCAUUUAGCUAUGGAACACUAGCUUAUGCAAACUGUGUCGGGGGAUCAUUUUACUCCAGUAUGAGGAUAAAUGGUGAAGAUGAAGCUUGGGUUUACUACGGUAAUCGUAAAUCUGAUGUGGGCUGCUCACACGUUGAGGAUUCAACUUCUUCAGUCCCUGAGUCAUCUCGGUUGCAAACUUCUAAGCGUGGGUUACUUUCUUGGAGGAAGAGGAAAAUAAGCUUCAGGUCUCCUAAAGCCAAAGGAGAGCCAUUGCUGAAGAAGGCUUAUGGGGAUGAAGGUGGGGAUGACAUUGAUUAUGAUCGCCGGCAGCUUACCUGUGAUGAAGUUCUUGCACUUGGGUGGCCUAAGACAGACGAGGAGUCAUCUGCGAAUCGAUCUUCAGUUUCUGAUUUCGGAGACGACAAUUUUGCUGUAGGCAGUUGGGAGCCCAAAGAAGUAGUAAGUCGUGAUGGACACAUGAAGCUUCAAACCCAGGUCUUUUUUGCUUCUAUUGAUCAACGAAGUGAGCGAGCAGCUGGUGAGAGUGCAUGUACAGCCCUUGUUGCUGUCAUUGCUGAUUGGUUCCAGAACUACCGUGAUCUGAUGCCCAUCAAGUCCCAACUUGAUUGUCUGAUCAGAGAAGGUUCAUUGGAAUGGAGAAAUCUCUGUGAGAAUGAAACAUAUAGGAAGCGGUUCCCCGACAAGCAUUUUGAUCUUGAAACGGUCCUUCAAGCCAAAAUACGCCCUCUUUCAGUUGUCCCUGGGAAGUCUUUUAUAGGUUUUUUUCAUCCAGAAGGGAUGGAUGAAGGAAGAUUUGACUUUUUGCAUGGCGCUAUGUCAUUUGAUAACAUUUGGGACGAGAUUAGACAUGCGGCAUCGGGAUGUUCAAGUAAUGCUGAACCUCAUGUGUAUAUUGUCAGUUGGAAUGACCAUUUUUUCAUCCUCAAGGUUGAACAGGAUGCUUACUACAUUAUUGACACAUUAGGAGAGAGGCUUUAUGAGGGAUGCGAUCAGGCCUAUAUUUUGAAAUUUGACAAUGAAACUAUAAUUCAGAAAUUGCAAAAUGCUGCUGAAGAAUCAGGGGAAAAAACAAGUGGCGAACAGCAUGUUGUUGCCACAUCUGAGGAAGCUAGGAAUCAGGAGGCUCAGCAGGUCAACUCAAAGGAGGGGACUUCUGCAUCCGGGAUGGAAGUAACAAAGUCUGAGGAGUCAAUGAAGAGUGAGGAAGAAGGGGAGGUUGUAUGCAGAGGGAGAGAGUCCUGCAAGGAGUACAUUAAGAGUUUCUUGGCUGCAAUCCCUAUUAGGGAAAUGCAGGAUGAUAUCAAGAGAGGGUUAGUGGCACCACUGCAUCAUCGGUUACAGAUAGAAUUCCACUACACCGAGUUCUUGAAACCAGUCGCAGAAGCACCACAACUUGCAGAAGCACCACCACAAUCACCCGAGGUUGCAAUAGCAGCAGAUGCUGCCUAAUGGAGACUGUAAAGCGUAGGAACUCUAACUUGUUUUCUUUCUUAUCACGGGUGAUAAAUGUUAAUAGAAUCUAACGGGAAUGCUCCCACGGCUCUUGAGAAUGUUUUAUCGAUAGGAUUGUGUUUCUUCCUAGCUGGUCUGAAAAAUGGAACAAAAAAUAUGUUUCUCCACAUGGUUGGACUUUGUGUGCUUGUGUGGUUACUCUGUUGGUGUGUCAUUUUUUCAUUUUCUUGGAAAGAAGUAUACUGUUAUAAUUACCCUGUUACUUCAAUUAGCUGUUA